AUGGAAGCUGUUAAUGGUUCUCAUGGUAAUGAUUACGAGAAUGUUACAAGGCUACUGUGCUUAUACAUUUUGGUGAUAAUAUUCCUUUGUACAAGUGGACACACAAUAGCGUGGGCAUACACCACAUGCAUUCUUAAGCAUGCAAAUGAGAAAGGAGAUAGGGACAGAAACGAAGGAGUCACUGCUGCUAAAGGAAAUGAAAAGGACAACCUUGAAUUUAAAAGAGUUGAUGUCACUGUGACAGAAGGACUAUGCAUACAAGAUGCUACAGAGUAUCAACAGAAACUCCAUAAUGUUGAGAAUGUCAUUGAAGGAAUGAUGGGGAAUAUUGAUCCAAUAAUUACAAUAGGUGUGGUUGUUGCAGAUGAAUUCAUGCAAGAAAGAAGAAAAAUUAAUGAGUUGAUUGAGCCUAAGGGUGCAUUUUUUGAUGCAAUAUCAUAUGAAAACUCAUUCGAGCAUAUCAAAAUGAUGUCAACACAAACCGAGCCAACCGAGGACUGUGGUCACCAAAAUGAAAUCAAUAAUUAUUAG